GGCGGCGGGAAGCUGGGGGAGGGGGAGGAUGGAGGGAUCCUGGGCCGGGAAGUUGUGCUGCUCCGGGCCCCGCAACCUGGGCCGCGCUGGGCGGAAGCGAGGACGGCGGUGGGGACGGCGCUGUUUCCUCUGCCCCGCCCCCUGGGACCACCUCUCCUCCCCGGAGCUGUCCACCGGCGACCUGGCCGGCGGCCGUUAGGCUCCCAGAGCCGUUCCUUCAGGCCUUUUCCUCUUCGGCGGCGGGGAGGCGGUCUCCCUGCCAUUACGGCAGCCCCCGUCUCAGCGCCCAGCUCUCCUUGUGGGGAAACAGGCCGGUUGGGAUUUCGGAGCUUUUCCCGCCAGAGCAGGGUCAUCUCACGGGGAGGCUGUUUUCGCCGGGAAGAGCAGCUUUUUUUUUUUUUUUUUUAACACCUGCUUCCUCUCCCGCCUUCCUUGAGACCUGAGUGGUAUUUCUCGGCUACUUCUGCGUCUCGCGUAAACAUUUCUCCAACUCGUUUACUCUGUGGUAUCUCCCCGAGAUGUGAGAUCGCUAGUGCCACCACCAGAAAGAAACGUCUGGACCCUGCCGCCCAGGCUAUGAAAACCCCCUUACCUGCCUCGGUUCGCUUCCCUGGCUCAUCGCCUUCUGGACUUUGUAUUUCUGCUGAAGUCAGUGAUGUGAAAAGACCUGACAUGGAUGAUAUUACUGAUAGGAUGAGGAUGGAUGCUGGAGAAGUAACUUUAGUGAACCACAACUCCAUAUUCAAAACCCAUCUCCUGUCACAAACAGGUUUUCCAGAGGACCAGCUUUCACUGUCUGACCAUCAGAUAUUACCUUCCAGGCAAGAAAAUUUGGAUGGAUCUUAUACAUGUUCUACAAGAAGUGCAGCUUAUAGUCCAAAUUAUUAUUCAGAUAAACCUUCCUCAGACAGUUUUCUUGGCUCAGGAGACUUAAGAACCUUUGGCCAGAGUGCAAAUGGCCAGUGGAGAAAUUCUACUCCAGCAUCAGGUGCAACUUCACAAAAAUCAAGAAACAGCCGAAGUCUUUACCUCGAAACCCGAAAGACCUCAAGUGGAUUAUCAAACAGUUUUACAGGAAAGUCAAACCAUCACUGCCAUGUGUCUGCAUAUGAAAAAUCUUUUCCUAUUAAAUCUGUUCCAAGUCCAUCUUGGAGUGGUUCAUGUCGUCGAAGCCUUUUGAGCCCCAAGAAAACUCAGAGGCGACAUGUUAGUACAGCAGAAGAGACAGUUCAAGAAGAAGAAAGAGAGAUUUACAGACAGCUGCUACAGAUGGUCACAGGGAAACAGUUUUCUGUAGCCAAACCCACCACACAUUUUCCUUUACACCUAUCUCGAUGUCUUAAUUCCAGUAGGAAUACUUUACAAGACACACUGUUUCAAAAUGGAAACUCUUGUGCAGCUCAGAUUAUUGGCUCUGAUACUUCAUCCUCUGGAUCUGCCAGCAUUUUAACUACCCAGGAACAACUGUCUCACAGUGGCUGUUCCUUAUCGUCUUAUACGCCAGAUAUUUCAUUCAGAUCCAAAGAUUCUGAUCUACUCCAUCAGCUGCAACAUCACCACUCUCUUCCACAUCAGCCAGAUAACUUGUCAGCUUCAAAUACACAAUCCAAAGGAUCAGACUCUGUGAUUUUACUCAAAGUGGAAGAUUCCCAGACUCCAGCUCCCAGUCCUACUUUUUUCCAGGCAGAGUUGUGGAUCAAAGAAUUAACUAGUGUUUAUGAUUCUCGAGCACGGGAAAGAUGGCGCCAGAUUGAAGAGCAAAAAGCACUGGCAUUACAGCUUCAAAACCAGAGAUUGCAGGAACAGGAACAUUCAGUACAUGAUUCAGUAGAACUGCGUCUUCGUGUACCUCUUGAAAAGGAGAUCCCUGUCACAAUUGCCCAAGAAACAGAAAAAAAAGGUCGUAAAUUAACUGAUAGUGAAGAUGAAUUUCCUGAAAUCACAGAGGAAAUGGAGAAAGAGAUUAAGAAUGUAUUUCGUAAUGGGAACCAGGAUGAAGUUCUGAGUGAAGCAUUCCGUUUGACCAUUACACGCAAAGAUAUUCAAACUCUAAACCAUCUGAAUUGGCUCAAUGAUGAGAUCAUCAAUUUCUACAUGAAUAUGCUGAUGGAGCGAAGUAAAGAGAAGGGAUUGCCAAGUGUACAUGCAUUUAAUACCUUUUUUUUUACUAAGUUAAAAACAGCUGGUUACCAGGCUGUGAAACGCUGGACAAAGAAAGUGGAUGUAUUUUCUGUUGACAUUCUUUUGGUGCCCAUUCACCUGGGAGUGCACUGGUGUCUUGCUGUUGUAGACUUUAGAAAGAAGAAUAUUACCUAUUACGACUCUAUGGGUGGGAUAAACAACGAAGCCUGCAGGAUCCUUUUGCAAUACCUAAAGCAGGAGAGUAUUGACAAGAAAAGGAAAGAGUUUGACACCAAUGGCUGGCAGCUCUUCAGCAAGAAAAGCCAGGAAAUUCCACAGCAGAUGAAUGGAAGUGAUUGUGGGAUGUUUGCCUGCAAAUAUGCUGACUGCAUUACCAAAGACAGACCAAUCAACUUCACACAGCAGCACAUGCCGUACUUCCGGAAGCGGAUGGUCUGGGAGAUCCUCCACCGGAAGCUCUUGUGAGGACUGUCUCGGUGAGCAGGCGUGGACGUUGUGGGACCAGCUCUGCGUUGUCUACAGCCAGAGACCUUGGAAACAGCCACUCCCAACCCUCUGUUCUUGUAAAGCCCUUCAUCCUGGACCAGGCCCUGGCGAGAUGCAUUCACAAGCACAUCUGCCUUUCCUUUUGUAUCUCAGAUACUAUUUUUGCAAAGAAACUUUGGUGCUGUGAAAGGGGUGAGGGACAUCCCUAAGCUGAAGAGAGAGACUGCUUUUCACUUCUUCAGUUCUGCCAUCUUGUUUUCAAAGGGCUCCAGCCUCCCUUGGUCCCUAAUUAGGGUCUGAGAGAAGCUUGGAAAGACUCUUGGUUUCAUAUAAAACUCUUGUUGUUAGGCCUUACUAAGAGGUAGGAAAGGGCAUGGACAAAAACAUAGGGAUAAAAACCACCAGCAUAUGCACGCACACAUACAUACACACAUGGUUUUCAAGAUGUUUCGUCAGGAAAGUGACUGUAAACUGGACUUGGGGGCACAUGCCUAAGUCCCUCCUCUAGGACUUUUCCUAUUUAUAUGCCCCGUUGUAAAAUCUGUCUGCUUCUAUACCAGGCUGUUCUAUUUGUAGCUUCCUCCCUCCUGAGGCACAACAUAUGAGCCUGGGUGGACCCCAAAGUCCCAGGCAGUCCUUUUCUUAAAAGCAGGGGUUUGCAUGUGCUCACAACACAUGAUACGGGGAAGACCCACCCAGGGAACGGUUAGUGGAGCAACAAGGCACCACUUUUACUGCCGCCUACUUCUGACCAAGAAGAAGGUCCUCAGUCUUUAGCAUAAAAUUCCAGCAUUGGAUGAAUGCAAGUCUAGUUUGGUCUGUGGCUAGUUAGUUUAAAUAUGUUUCUAACCACAGAGAAUUUAAUAUAUAUAUAUAUAUAUAUUUCACAGGGAUAUGCUUUUUUUUUUUUUUUAAGGCUGAAUGUGUUCAUCAUUUUAGCCUGUAGAUUUAUUUCCAUUUUCCAAAUUUAGCUCCAGCACGCACAGAUCCCAGCCCCUAUGUGUAGGGUGUUUGUGGACUUCCUAACAGAAUAUUUUGAGACUUGGAUAAACGUUGGCUUAGGGAUAGAGGUUACAGAGGGAGGUGAGGUUUUUCAACUGGAAAAUGGGUGGAAUUUGGACUGGUCAACUUGAGAUUGAAGAACUGCUAUUCCUUUUGUUCUUUUUAGCACCACCCAUCCCCUCUGAGAAUUUCUCAGGCUAGAUAGUGAAACGAUCCAAUGCCAGUGUCAUUUUUGUACUUAAGUUCCAAAAUAGGAACGUUUUAUACUUUUUUCUGUAUUGUAAUAGGUAGUUUUGUAUGAAAUAUUUUCUCCUCUUCCCUUGUACCUCAUCCCUUCCAGCAUUGUGCUUUCUCCCUAGGCUUAUUUGAAAAUUUUACUCUCUUUUAUACCAAGCUUGUUUAGUACAUUUUUCUAUGUUUUACCACAGGUUACAAUUUGAAAAGAAAACUAUUUUUUUUUAAAUA